AUGGAAGCCAUAAAAAAGCAAGCUACCAGGCUUAGAGAGCAAGUUGCAAAGCAGCAGCAAGCAGUAUUGAAGCAUUUGGGACAUUUUAGUAAUGAAGGAAUUAUUGUUGAUGAAGCUGAAUUACAAUGCCAUCAACAUCUUCAAAAUCUCUACAAUUCCACUAGAGCUGCUAAGCAUUUUCAAAAGAAUAUCGUUCGCGGUGUUGAAGGUUUGGUACCUAUUAGCUCAAAGCAAAUGGAAAUAUUGAGGAAGUUGGCUGAUGAGUGUUGUAAAUACGGAGCUGAGAAUCAGAGUGAGAAUAACUAUGUUGCGAGGGCUGUUCUACAGUUUGGUGCCUCUCAUAAUUUGAUGGUAAACGAGAAUGAAACGUUGCUUGGGGUUCUUAAUGAGCAGGUUUCUAAGCCACUUCGGGCUAUAAUAACAGGAGCUCCUUUGGAGGAUGCUCGCCACUUGAAUCACCGUUAUGACAAACUCCGUCAAGAGGUUGAAGCCCAGGCAGCUGAAGUAUUGAGGCGUCGAUCGAAAACCAGGGAUUCUGAAAUAUCUGCUGAGAGUUGCAUGAAGCUUCGAGCUGCAGAGGCAAGGUUGACUGAGCUUAAAUCUACAAUGAUGGCACUUGGGAGAGAAGCAACUGCUGCCAUGUCGGAAGUUGAAAAUCAACAGCAACAGAUUACUGUUCAGCGGUUGUUUAGUAUGGUAGAUGCUGAGAGAUGCUAUCAUCAACACAUUCUUACUAUUUUGGAUAAGCUACAUGCUGAGAUGAUUCUUGAGGAGCAAUUAAAUGAGUCUUCGCCACAAUCGGCAACCACAGAGAGAGAUAUGAUUGCCCCACCUGUACACCAGAAUGAAACUUCAAAUGGGUCUGACAAUCACAUGCACAUUAAUCAAAAGGAUGCACUUUUCAUAGCAAAAGUAAGACUUUUGAUAACUUUGAAUAUUCCACCUCUUCUCUCAAACCCUACCACGCCAGAAAGAAGAAUGAUAAAUGGAACACUCUUUGCUGAUCUUUUCUCCCAUCUUAUCUCUGCUUGCACAGCUCAUGACUUGAAAUAUAAGAAUGUGCCUGCGCAUCUUUUGAUUCUCCAAGAUUACUUUGCCAUUUCAUUUGCCAUUGUGGAUGCAGCACCCUUCUGUGCAUUAGCAAAAUUGUCUUUCAAACUGUUAUUCAAAGGUGAGUUACCCUCAAAACCAUUUCCUUAUCUCACUGAUUUAUUUGUCUACAAGUGUAUGCCGCAAUACUUACAUGAGGAGCUGUAUGCAAAUGUGUACUGUCAUGGAAUUUUCUAUCAGUGCGAAGUUAUACACCCAUUUGAUGCUCAUGCAGAAGGGGAGUUAAGUCUAUCUGUUGAUGAUUUUGUUGUGGUCCGGCAGGUGGCACCGACAGGGUGGUCUGAAGGAGAAUGCAAAGGCCAGGCUGGAUGGUUUCCUUCUGCUUACAUAGAAAAGCAUGAAAAAGCACCCGCAAGCAAGAUAUCGGGAGCAAGCUCAACUCCUUGA